CUUCAACUGUUCAAAAUAUUUGAAAGUUUGUUCAAUAUGAAGAGACUAAGUCCUUCCAAGACCGAUGCAACUGGAUUCAAGAAGAUUAGACAGGCUUAUGAGCUGUACAAGUUUAACAUCUUGUUCUUCAUGGAGAACAUUCCAUUCGACUGCUCAUUGGUCAUCGAUAACCUUGAUAUUUAUAUGAAGCUGUUGAAAUUUGAAAGUGUCCAUUUUGCCUCCACCACUAAAGAUGGUGAAGUUAACCCAUACUUCCCAAACAAAUCUUACAGAGAGCUCAUAUCUUGUCUUUUGAAAUCCAACAAUGGUGAAGUCUUACCUGAUGGAACAUCCUCAAGUAUUAUCAUCCAAGAGUUUAUUUCAAGCUACUAUGGAAAGUACUACGAUUUGCAGUUCUACUUUGUCUCAGAAUUGACUGUUGAUGGGCUAAGAGAUCAUGACCAACAAGUUGUCUUUUCCAAGUUCCUCACAAUAAUGAAGGUUCCUAGUACAGUGAUUACAAACGAUGGAAGUACAUUCUUGAGCAAUCUACCAUCAGCCGUCAACAAUAUCCACCAAUACAAGACCGAAUUUGAGUCCAAAUGGCUCUAUUUCUUAAGUGAAGUGCUGAACAACGACCAAUACAAGACAACGCUGCUCAUUCUGCACAAGAGAAUUAUCCCAUUCUUCAAAAAACCUACAAAUCUCAUGGACUUCCUCACAGACUCUUAUGAAAUAGGCGGUGUUAUUUCGAUUCUUGCACUCAAUGGACUCUUCGAACUCAUUAAGAAUUACAACUUGGAUUAUCCAAAGUUCUAUACAAAGUUGUACUCUCUGUUGGAUUCAGAUUUGCUCCAUGUGAAGUACAGAUCAAGAUUCAUAAGAUUGACCGAUCUGUUCUUGACUUCAACACAUUUACCAGGUGCUCUCGUUGCUUCUUUCAUCAAGAAGCUCGCACGUUUAUCUUUAACUGCAUCACCAUCUGCUAUUGUCAUUGUUAUUCCAUUUGUCUACAACUUGUUAAAGAGACACCCAACGUGUAUGAUACUGUUACAAAAUUCCAACCCUGGUGAGAAUUAUAAAGACCCAUAUGACGACACCGAAUUGGACCCACUUAAAACCAAUGCAAUUGACAGUUCCGUCUGGGAGCUGGAAACGUUAUCUUCACAUUAUCACCCUAACGUUGCAACAUUGGCUAAGAUCUUUAGCCAACCUUUCAGAAAGCAGAGUUAUAACAUGGAGGACUUCUUGGACUGGAGUUACAGCUCAUUGUUAGAGAGUGAGAACACAAGAAGGCUGAAAGCUGACGUUGCACUGGAGUAUGAAACCUUU